AUGCUUGAGCUAGGAGCCAAUAAAAUGCGAGAUCAAGGAGCACAAUAUUUGGGGAGUGCGUUGAAGAUCAAUACGGCACUUAUUACACUUAAGCUGAAUCAAAACUAUAUUACCACUGAAGAAGCGCGACAUUUGGGUAGUGUGGCGAUGCACUAUAGUUGGCUGGAGAAGCUUAUUAUCGAUCGUGGAAGUUAUUACAGACAUUUAAACUGA